GCCCUGAGCGACUUCGUCACAUCUGCAUGAGGUCACAAGCAAUCACUAGCGCAGAGGGGCAGGCCCGGGGCGAGGCGAGUUCGGAGUGAAAGAAGCGCGGCGGGGCUGAGGUCGAGAGGUUGGGCUGUGUCCUGCAGGUUACUGUCAACAGAGGGUUUUAUAGCAGCUUUCCACUCGUCCGAAAUGGCUGCUGCUCACUCUCUCUGCUGCUCGGGAUUUCUCCAGGUGCUUCUAUCUCCUACCUUUUUUUCAUUCAAGAAAUACUGAGUGGCUGUUACGUGCCAGACCUUGAUGGAGGCUAAACACAUGGGUGAAUAAGGUGUGGCCUAUGAUUUCACGGAGCUUGUAGUCUGGCGGAGACUGCACGGCAAAAGAGGCAAUUCUGCUACAGCGGGAAGCGAUGCUAUGAGUGGAGUCACCGAAGGUUUUAGAACCUUACCGAGUUCUGGGAUGAAGUGGAAAGAUACCCUAAAGGAAGUGAAUUUGAGUUGAAAGCUAAGGGGGAAGUGCACCUGACCUGGAUAAAGAGAAGUGAAGAGACAGAAGGAACAAUAUAUGGAAAAGAUAGAGAUGUGAUAGAGAAACACAUUAGUUGAGUUUGGCUGAAAUGUAGUUGGAGAGAGAGUGAGUAGCAGGUGAGACUGAAGGGUUAAGCAGGGGCCAGGUCAUAUAGAACAUCGUAAGCCAUUUUAACAGCCUGAAUCUUAUUCCGAAAACAGUGGCCAGCCACUGAAAGAUUUUAAAUAGGAAGAGGACACAAUAAGACUUUCAUUUUCACACAUUCUUCGUUCCUGUGGAGAAAGGAUUGGAGAAGACCAAGGCUGACGGCAAGGACAUCAAAUAGGCAACUAUAGCAAUAAUGGUGACAAGAACUGGUAGUGAUCUAAACUGGAACUUGGCAGUGGGGAUGGAAGUGAACUGAUUAAAAAAUCAGUUAAGACUUAGGUACUGAGUGGAUGUAAGGGCUUGAAAGAGGAAUCAGUCAAAGAUAAGCCUCAGGUUUGGGGCCUAGACAACUGAGUGGAUGGUGAUGUCUGUCCUUAUGGCCCCAAGGACAGUGUCACCUUGGUCUACAGUCUGAAUACUAGGCUUGUCAGACUUUGUGGGACCAACUACUCUUUAGUCACCAUGCUGUUUGUUGACAUCAGUGCAUGCAUCUAUCUUCACAAAGGCACGUAGUGUGAGGGCAACUACCUUCAAAGUUGCAGUAUUGGCUUUGCCCCUACUUGUGGAAAAGUGGCUCGGUGGAUUGUAACUCCAAAAUCAUGGCUUCCUGGCCAUGGUGAUCUGGAUGACCUACAUUCUUUCGUUGCUUGGAGAAUGGGAAGUGCCGGGUUUGGUGAUAUCUCUUCCUUCAAAAAAAUGGAAGAGCUGAAUAAGAUUUUCUAUCACUGUCCUAUGAAAUCUUCAAACAACACAAGCCACUCAACAUCAAAAUGGUCUUCAGCGAAGAGACAAGCCCUUGCCUAUUUCUUUGCAAACCCACACUAUGGCAGCAUCAUUAAUGCAGACGGCCAUGCUGAAGUGUGGACAGAUUGGAAUAGUAUGUCCAAGUUUUUCCAGUAUGGAUGGAGAUGUACCACUAAUGAGAAUACCUAUUCAAACCGUACCCUGAUGGGCAACUGGAACCAGGAAAGAUAUGACCUAAGGAAUAUCGUGCAACCCAAACCUUUGCCUUCCCAGUUUGGACACUACUUUGAAACAACAUAUGAUACAAGCUGUAACAACAAAAUGCCACUUUCAACACAUAGAUUUAAGCGAGAGCCUCACUCAUUCCCAGGACAUCAACCUGAGCUGGAUCCUCCUGGAUACAAAUGCACAGAAAAGUCAACUUAUAUGACUAGCUACUCAGACCCUCAAAUUGGGCAUGACUCUGCAUGUGUGUGGGAUCCUAAUAACUGCCGACUUAAGGAGCCAGGAUUCUAAGAAGGAAUAAGAGGCUUCAUUUUUCCAGAAUAGAUUGUAGGAGGGAGCAUAUUCUAAGCACAACUAAGAAUCUAGCUGAUGAGAGCACAAUUUCACAAUCUGAAUAAAGAAAGCACGGAGAAUA